ACGAGUGGCGGUCUAUUUUUCAAGUUUUAGUUUUUCUUUUUAAUAAAAUAAUGAAAAACAAUUUAAUCAAAACAAAUAAAAAUAUUUUUAAAUAGUAAAUACUUCUACAGAAAAUAUAAAAAAAACAUUUUUCCUCAGUUGGAAACUCUGUGAAAAGAAUAAAAAUCAUAUUUUAAAGCUUUGGCCUGGUUUUUUUUUAAGUGUUUGUUCCCUCCAAAAAAUUAUUGAACUUGUAUUAUAAAUUCAGCUUUGUAAAGUUAAAUAAUCAAAUUUAUAAGCAUCAGUAACGCUUUAUAUGAUAAAUAUAAAAUUUAGAAAAUUUAUUUGUAAAUUAAAUUAAAAAAAAAAUAAUUUAAAAACCAAAAAAUGCCAAUUUGUACGCGAGAAGGUUUUGAAACCUCACCAAAAAAUCCAAAUGAAAUAUUUAAUGACAAUGAAUUGGUAUUCUAUUGCGAAACCACCAAACAAAUUUUUAGAGAAUAUGAGGAUUACUUUCGUCAUGUAAUGCUUAUAAACUCUACAAUAUGGCAAUGUGAAGAAACCGGUAAGGAAAAUUUAACAUACGCUGAAGCCCUUUAUAGCGAAAAAAAAGCACGUAAAAAAAUUGAGACUUUUAAAGAUAUACUACGUGCCCCAACAUUAAUUGCAAUUGCACGAGCUUCACAAUCUAGUUUUAAGGAAAUCAACAAUAUUGUUUAUAACCUUUUACGAGAUCGAUUUUUCCGUGGGGAACUUAUUCAAGCAAGUAUAUCGACUUCAGCGAACACGUAUCAUGAAUGUCGAGUUAUUGAUAUAAUUAAACCAAAUGAUGCUCAGGAUAAUCAAGUAAUAGACCCUAACAAAGUUACAUAUAAGUUACAAAAAACAACUGGUACACAAUUGGAUGCUAUAUUUGCAGUACCACCACAGAAUAUUCGCCGUAAUCGUAGUGAUUUUUCUCAAGGAAAUUUACAAUUGUUCAUUAAAGAUAGUGUACAUCGUGUUCAAGGAAUUAUUAAACCAAAACCUGAGCAUUUUAAAAAAUAUGUUACAGAUAAAAAUGUUAACUGGUCCAAAUUAUUUGUUGGUAGCUUACCAGAAUGGAUACCAGCAAAACCCAAAAAAGAACCGUCGAUAAAAAAAAGUGAAAAGUUAAAGAAAGAUGAUGAAAAUGGGUUAAAAGAUAAAAAGCAAUCCUCAAUUUCAAAAUAUGUUGUUAAAUCAGAUGAAAUUGAUCCAGAAGAAAAGCUUAAAAAAGAGCAAUCUUUAAAGGAACAAAUGGAAAGACUUCGUAAGGAGAAGGAAGAAAAAGCAGCUGAAAUCGAACGUAAACGAAUGGAAUUGUUAGCUAAAGUUGAAUCGGAGGUCAACAGGAUUAUGGUACGCGGAGACGACUUGGAGCGCGAAGAUCAAAAAUUGAUGCCAAAAUAUCGUCCAAUACACUCCCUAGUACCUAUAAAGUAUUUUGGUGAUUUAUUAUAUUGUAAGGAAUUUUUGCAUUCUUACGUAGGAAUACUAACAUUAACAGAGGCUUUUAAACCGCAUAUAACAUUUCAUGAAAUUACAAGAGCAUUUACAUGCAGGGAAGUGGCUGGACCACUUUCUGAUAUACUUAUUUGUUUACUUGGUUCAAUUUUUUCACUUCAAGGUGAAGAAGAAGAAGAACAAAGUGUAGAAUAUCAAAAACCGAAAAAUAAUUUAGAGAAUGAGCCAUUUAUUUCUAUACGAAAUGCUACAGAAACCCAUUUUUAUGUGAAAAAAGCAUUUCAGCAAAAACUAAAUGAUUUACCUGUAGAUUCGCAAACUUUGAGUGAAGUUCUUCGUUUACAUUUACUAGCAAGUGGAGCUGGUAUUGACGAAAAAGCAGAACGGUGGCGUUUUAUGUAUAGGAAUGGCUACAGCAUUAUGGAAGAUCCUGGUUUAGACCUACGAAUGUCUCAACCACAUAUAUUGAGAGCUUUGAGAUAUUAUACAGUUUAUCAAUUGCCAAUAUCUGAUAUAUUGAAAAUUGUCAAUUGUUUAAUCUCUCAAAUUAUGACGUAUUCAAGCACAUUAAAUGUUAUUGAUGAGAGAAUGGAAAAUAUUGUUAAAGCACGUUCUAAAAUUCGUUUGUUAUUGGCAAACGAAAACAAGCGGUUAAGCAAUAUAACAUCUGAAAAAAAGAAACUACAGCAGCAAUUUCAAUUAGAAUGCUUUGAACAAAAGGAUAAUCUUGAAUUUCAAGCUCAAAAGCAGACCAAACAAGAAGAGCUACACAAACAAAUUGAAUCAAUUGACGCUAAAGCCUUAAAGGAAAAGCAAAAAUUUGACAUUGAGCUAUCCAAUGAAUACAGUAGUAUUUUUAAUUUUAUGGUAUAUUUAGGUUCAGAUAGAGCAUACCGCAAAUAUUAUGUUCUGGAAUCAAUAGCCGGAAUAUUUAUUGAGCAUCCUACAGAAUGUAACGACCACUGUUUAAAGAAUCCGCCGAAAAAUUCACAUUUACUUCUUAAUGCACCGAAAAAUAAAAAAGAUUUACGUACUUUCCUUACUCAGCAUUACAAUAAAAUUGAAAAAGAACAGAAUUUAAAGACAUGUAUCGCGAAAAGUGUAAAAAAGGAAGUAAACGAUCUAGAGGCAGAUAAAGAGAACUUGGAAAAUCUACCAAACGGUAAAAUAAAUGGCUUGCCUAAUGGCGAAGUAAAAUUAGGGUUAACAAGUGAACCAACUACCGGAUCCACUACGCAGUUAACUAAUGGGGAUAUAAAGCUCGAAAAUGAGGAACAAAAGGAACCUACACAGUAUGAAUUAUAUAUGUGCACUGGAAAUUCAAAACAUUGUAUUGUUCAUGACGAAAAAAAUCCAGACCGAGUACGGUGGUCAUACUUGUAUACUGAAGAAGAAUUUGAUGCUCUUGUAGAUUGUUUAAAUUCUUUAGCAGAUAGAGAGUCAUAUUUAAAAGAUCAAUUGAUAACCUAUAAACCAUUUUUAAUAAAACACAUUAAAAAAUGUCCUAUAGAUUAUUUGAAUUUAGAAGAAGACUCUACACGCUUAGCACGUUUUAAAACACAAAUGAUUAAUGAAACAAAUAGAAAGUACGCAAACUCCAAUUUUGGAAUGCCAGUCAACAGCGACCUCAAUGAAGUAAUGUACAAUGCAUUAGUAGAAAAAAUUAUGCAAUUGGAAGUGGACAUAACAACUGGGUGUUUGGGUAAAAUGAAAGUGAAUAAUAUAUCGAAAUGGCGUGAAGACUUAGCAGAUAAAAAAUAUGAACCUCAAGUAGAAUUAAUUUGGGGUCCAGAUGACUCUCUCUGUAAAAAGGCUGGAGAUCCAGGUGAUAGUUUAGGUGAUACUAUGGAAAUUGAGUCUGAAGAUAGUAGUGAUGAAAGUAUUUGCAAUUACGAAUCUCCAGAGCUUAAAAAUUUAGUUACAAAUUUAGCGUCCGCUUUACUGCAAAUCGGUCAAAGUAUAGAACAAAAGUUCUUUAAAGCUCCAUUUGGUCUUCAAAAAGAAAUAAGAGAUAAAGAAGAACGAAAAAUUCAGUUAGAUAAAGCCACCCUAAAGCUUAAACAUUGGGAGAGAUCUUUAAUGAAUGCAGCGAGUUACUCCUCAGUAUUCUUACAUUUAAACGUAUUGCAUGACUCAAUAAGAUGGAAUAGAUCUACAAAUCGUUCAAAUUGUAUAAUUUGCCGUAGGCGUGGUGACGCUGAAAAAUUGCUUCUGUGCGAUGAAUGUAAUGCCGGAACACAUAUGUUCUGCUUGAAACCCAAAUUAAAAAAAAUUCCUGAAGGUAACUGGUAUUGCAAAAGAUGUGUUACAACAUAUGGAUUUAAAAAUGUGUUUGAUGAAGAAACAAAAAAACGGGGCAGAAAGCGAAAGCAGUUUAUGCCCCAAGUUAAUGAUUAUGAAGAUGAUGACAGUAAAAGUAAUUCAUCACGGGGCUCCAAAAAGAUUAGCAAAAGCAAACGUAACUACGAUAGUGAAGAUGAUGAAGAUUUCAUACCAGAGAAGGACAGAAAACAAAAAAAAAUUGAUGAUUUAUUUAAAAAGAAUAAGAGAGGAGUCCAAUAUGUUUCAGAAAAUGAAGAGAACGAAGAAGAAGUUGAUAAUUCUACAGAUGAAGUUGAAAACGAAAAUGAAACUGAUGAUGAAAAUAGGGAUAUUGAGGAAAAUACUAAAGAUCUCGAAGAAGACUCAGAAGAAUCAGAUGACGAUGUAGAAAGUGAAGAAAAUGAAGAAAACCAAGAAGAAGAUGAAGAAGAGGCUUGUCAUAUUUGUUCGUAUGAUGGAAUAGAGAUCACUUGUGGUGGAUGUUCCAAACAAUUUCAUUUGGACUGUAUUGGAUUGAAAAGGAAUCCGCGAGGACAAUGGAAGUGCACGAAAUGCAAAGAAAAAGAUGAUAAAAAGAAAAAAAUACAAGAGGAAGUUUAUGAAUCUGAUUCGGUGGAGAGUUCAAGUGACGAUGAACCUUUAGUUAAACGUCAAAAAAGAAAUACAACAGAAAAAAAUAAGAAAAGCCAAAAUAACACUAACAACAUUUUGAGAAGUUCCACUAGAAAUUCAGGGAAAGUGAAUAAAGACGAGGAUACAAAGCAAACGAGGAGAGGGAGAAGAACUGGUGAAAAUUUACCAUUAAACAGUGUUGUGUUAUACGAUCUCUUAGAUGACAUAUCCAAAAAUGAAAAUUCAUGGCCUUUCCUACGACCCGUAUUACAAUCAGAAGUACCUGAUUAUUAUGAAAUAAUAAAAAGACCAAUGGAUUUUGCUAAAAUAAAAUCAAAAUUAAAUAUGGGACACUAUCGCAUCAACGAAGAAGUUUUAAAUGAUAUUCAACUAGUUUUCAAAAAUUGUGAUGCCUAUAACACGGAAGGAAAUGAAAUCUAUGUCGCUGGAGCAACAUUAGAACGUUUUAUAAUGGCAAGAUGUAAAGACUUAAACCUACCAUUUAAACCGAGCGAUAUGAAUACAUUAUGAAUUCAACAACUAUAAUUUGAAAAUUUCUUCUACAAUAAUAAAUUAUGAAACCUAAGUAUAUGAUAAACAUAAAAUAAGUUAAAAUCUUGAAUAAACUUAAGUAGAUCUAAUAACUAAUUCCUCCAUAAAUACAUAGAUUUUGAUAUAACGCCAUCAAUGCGAAACACAGUUACAAAGAAUUAAAGGAGGAUAUUAAUUUUUGCAGGAAAAAACAUAACAUAAAUAUUUUAAAAAAAUCAAACUAAAUAAAAAAAUCAAACUGUAAUAUUAAAAUUAUGGAAAUAAUUAAAAAAAAAUAAGUAUAUAAUUUUAGUUGCUAUAAAAUACAUUAUUUUUUAAGAUAAUAGUACAUAAAUGUUUUGAUUCGUAAGGUUAAUAUAAUUUUCUUUUAUUUAUUAUGUCAGCCACAACAGAUUUGGUUUACAUUUACAUUGAUUGAAUCUUGAAUGCAAAUGUACUAUUAAAAUAUGUAUAAAAAAAAUUAACCAGUUAAGUUAUUUUACAAAAACUUUCUUUUCAUUUAUACGAAUUUGUGAAAGGAUUUUCCAAUAUAUCUCUACAAUAAUUUAUUUUUAAAGUAAGAGUGGUCAUUUACAUUCAGUUAAUAAAAUAUAAAUGUUUACAUUUUUUUAUAUUAUUUAUGAAAUUAUAUGAGAUAUUAAAUUAUUAAAAGUAAACGUAGGUUUGAAUGUAUAAUAUUAAAUGUAGAUAUAAUAAACCUGGACUACCUUCAUAUAAAUGUAAUACAUCCAAUUUGAACGGGCGAACGAAAAAAAGCAAUAUUUGUUUUUUUUUAUAUAUAUAUUGUGGUACUGAAUAAUUGUUAUAUAUACAUGAAUAAAAACAAAAAAAUCUAAAUAUAACAAGAUUGUAGAAACUUCAAGAUUCAAUACUCAAUUAAAAAUUCAGAAAUCAUAAUAUGUUCGAAAUGGUUUAAUAUGCUUUAGAAUAUUGCUGUAAUGUGAAUUUGAAAUCUUUCGUCAAAUAAUGAAAAUUAGUUAAAAAAUUUUUCAUUUAUUUUUUUUUUACACAAAUAAUUUUUAAGUAAUCCGUAAUAUUAAAUGAUGAUAAGUCA